AUGGAUUCACAAAAUCUCAAUCUGAUUCUUCUCACUCUCAUUUUCUUUCCAUUGUUAUCUCACUCACAAAUCACAACCAAUCUCAACAACAACCACACUGAUCAACUUUCUCUUCUUGCUUUCAAAUCCUACAUUACUCAUGACCCAUUAGGAAUACUUCAAUCCUGGAAUUUCAGUACCAAUUUCUGCAACUGGAAAGGUGUCACCUGCAACACCACCAAGCAGAGAGUCACCACUUUGAUUCUCGAAAACCAUGGCCUCGUCGGCCCCAUUGCUCCUCACAUUUCCAAUCUCUCCUUACUUACACAUCUCAACCUUCAAAACAACAGCUUUUUCGCAACCCUUCCGCGCAAUCUUGGAAAUCUUUUUCGUUUAAAAUUUCUCAUCUUGGGUUCUAAUCAAUUGCAGGGAACGAUUCCAACAUCGCUAAGCGAAAUUCCAAGUUCAUUGCUCAAUAGUUCUUCGCUGAUCGUAUUAGGCCUGGCGGGAAACAAUCUUUCGGGUAAUCUUCCCUCAGAUAUGCUCUUAAAACUAACCAACUUAACUACCCUUUACUUGGGUGGGAACCAAUUUUCCGGGUCUAUACUAGGUUCUAUAGCCAAUGCUUCGCGACUUGUCCGCGUUGAUUUUUCUAAUAACAACUUCACUGGACACAUUCCUUCAAUGGGAAAUCUACCAAGUAUCCAAGUUCUGAAUCUCGAAAUCAAUGAGCUUGUAAGCGGUGGGGAGCGUGGUAUGGAUUUCAUCACUUCCUUGGCAAAUUCAACCCAACUUCAAGUCUUUUCCAUGGCGACAAAUCGCCUCACUGGUAGGCUUCCUCUGUCAAUAGGAAACCUCUCACGACAACUUUCUUUGUUGGUUAUGGGAGAGAAUCAUCUAGAAGGAAAUUUACCCGGAGAAAUCAGUAAUUUGGUUGGCCUGACCAUGUUGUCUGUUGAGUACAAUUCCUUCACUGGAAUCAUUCCACCUUCAAUAGGAACCUUGCCCAACUUACAAAACCUUUACUUUCAUAGAAACCAAUUUUCCGGGAAAAUACCAGAGUCAUUCAGGAACUUAACUGAGUUGUAUGAAAUGGGCUUGAAAAGCAACCUUUUAACCGGUACUAUACCUCCAAGCCUAGAAAACUAUCAGCAUCUUCAGAUCUUAGACCUGUCAGUUAACAUGCUUUCGGGUACAAUACCCAGAGAGAUUUUUAGCAUACCAAGCUUUGGAAAGCUUCUGAAUCUAUCUUGGAAUAGGUUAAAUGGCUCACUUCCUGAAGAAAUAGGUAAUCUAAAGAUGAUUCAAGCAAUUGAUGUCUCCAAUAACCCGUUAACAGGAGACAUUCUGGUCUCAAUUGGGGAUUGCUCGAGUCUUUUGUAUCUGAACUUGUCUCGAAACUCUUUUCAAGGACCAAUUCCAAAAUCUCUCUCCGAAUUGAAUGGGAUCGAGUAUAUUGACCUUGCGAAAAACAAUCUCACUGGUGAAAUCCUAGCCUCCUUGGAAAGGCUUCAGUUUCUUCAACUUUUAGACCUGUCCGAGAACCAACUACAAGGAAAUAUUCCAACAGGCAGGAUAUUUAACAAUGCGACAGCAGUUUCUCUUGAUGGAAAUCCACAGCUCUGUGGUGGAUUGUUGCAAUUUAAAUUACCAUUUUGCCCUGUAACACUGACUAAAAAACACUCGGGGGUGUCAAAAGUGAAAUUGACAGUAGGUCUUGUGGUGGGCUUUGUUGGAAUUUUAACACUCUCCAUAGUAAUUUUACUGUUUGCGCGAAAGAGAAAGGCGGAGACACAUGCAGUUGUUGAUGACGAUGUUCCAAUUGGGGGAAUUGAUCCAGGGGAUGCUAGGUUUAAAGACCACAAGUUUCCACAAGUUUACAAGUAA